CCCACCCAAACCUGCUCAUAAUCCGUUAAGCUGCAGACGAGGCGCACACACUCUUCCGGUAACUGGGAAGGUAAAGAAUGAAGCGGAAGGUAGAGGAUAUGGAGAUGAUAGUGUGGCAAACUCCCGCGAACCCACCAGAGAGACAUGACUACAUUUACCGCAACGGCAUACGCUAUGUCAAACCAUACUACUUCGAGUUCAUCUCUCAUGUGAAGAAUCGGUGGGCAGGGAAGACAAUUGUUGACCUUUUCUCUGAAGAGUUUAAAGGCCGGUCUAGCGAUUACUAUGUUGCUGCUGUCAAAGCUGGACGAAUACAAGUCAAUGGGAAAAGAGUUCCCAUUUCAUUUGUAGUUCAAUCAUCACAGAAAAUAAGCCAUUUUGUACACAGGCAUGAACCACCAGUCAUGGCAUGGGAUGUGGAGAUACUAUGUGAGGAACCAGAGGUGCUGACCAUUUGUAAACCUGCAUCAGUCCCUGUGCAUCCGUGUGGGCAGUAUCGUAAGAACACAAUCCUUGGCAUCCUUGAGGCAGAACAUAGUUUGACACCACUAUUUCCUAUUCAUCGUCUUGAUCGCUUGGUCUCAGGGCUCCUUAUCUUAGCCCGGAGUUCCUCUAGAGCUGACACUUUCAGGCAGCAGAUUGAAUCAGGAAAGGUGCAGAAGCAGUAUAUUGCUAGGGUAAUUGGCGUUUUCCCUGAAGAUGAGCAAGUUGUAAAUGCAAAUGUCAAUUACAAUGCUCGAGAAGGAAGGAGCACUGCGGAGGCGGGAGGAAAUAGUGUUAGAGGCAAUGAUCUUAUAAACGGAAAGUCUGCUUCUACCAAAUUUAUGCGAAUUUGUACGGACGGGAAGCAUAGUAUUGUACUGUGCCAACCGAUCACCGGAAGGACACAUCAGAUACGUGUUCAUUUACAAUAUACUGGGCAUCCAAUAGCUAAUGACAAGCUCUAUCUGUUCGAGAGCAUUCCUCGUUCAGCAACUGAAAUUAGUGCGGAUAGAGGUGCUGCUAUGUCAGGCCAUGUUCUAAAGCCCAGAAAUAUUGGAAGUGAUGGUGGUGAAUCUGAUAGUGGACCCAAUGAAGAUUUCAGCUAUGACCCAAUGUGUACAAAUUGCCCAAACCUGGCUCCUAAAGGAUAUGAUGGUUACGAAGAGGGCAUAUGGCUGCAUUGUGUUAAAUAUUCUGGACCAGAUUGGACAUAUGAAUGCCCAUAUCCAGUCUGGGCAUCCUUAAGCUAACCUCUUUUCGAUCUCAUUUGGUUAGUUUGGUAUUUAUGGACUACUUCAGAUAUUUCAGAGAUUUGUUGAUCACAACAAUUUUGGAGCUGCAUGAUGCUUCCAGUUUAUAUGUUUAGCGUUUAGCUUGACAUGUGCUUUCUGGUAGAAGGAAGACCUCCAUUAUCCGGAUGAUCUAUUGAAUAAUUGUAAAAACAACUAUGGAGUAUAAUUGAGCUAAAUCUGGGCAUUCACUAACCUAGUAACCUCUACCUUACACCGAGUCACUGAUGGCUCUAAUGCAUUCCAAUCCGAAGCUCAGAGCGGACCGUUUGAAGUUUGAACAAGGAGAAGUGCACUGUCGGGUUGUUACAUGUCCUAAUUCCUAACAGACAAUAUAGUGGUGCGUGCUGAGAUCAUAUUGGGAUUUUCCGAAAUAAUUUUAGGCUUGCCAUAUUCCACCCGUUAAAGCUAACGUGCUGGGUUCAGGCGUUCAGCCCUCCCAUUUUUUCCCCUAAUAAUAGUUGUCCAACCCCAUUUAUAAGUAGGCCUAGCGGGCCCGGCCGAGCGGGUUUUCCUGUCCUUGGUCUGCUCUAAUGUAGAAGUAAGCCAGCAAGGCGGACAAUCUAGCAAAAAUUCACAGCUAAGAAAUACGGAGUACUGCGCAAUAGUCAUUUACAAGAGUGAGCCAAUGGAGGUAGUUCAAUAUAUAUCGGCAAAGUCAUCAUUAGUAAGUGGCUGAGCAAUGCUAUUUUCUGGAGAUGGUACCCUAACUGAAGCGACAUAUCCAAAUCCAAUCUUAAGAACUUGUUCCAAUCCGUACCAGAAAAGUUUUAACAAGGCUGAUUGUUUCAAACUUGUGUAUUUACUAUGCUCAAGGGAUGGAUUUUAAAAUUGAUGGAUCACUAAAGUGCACUUUAUGUCCCAUAGUUGAAUUUUAAAGUUGAAAAACGACUCCUGUGCAGCAGAUUAAAAAAAAAAGAGGCUUACUCUUCUUAAGUCAUGCCACCAGCAACCCAAGACCAAAAAAGGAGGAGAAAUCCCAACAAAAAACAGUUCGAACUAAUGAGACAAAAAACUUCUCCUGCUGCAAUCUUUUUCUAAUUGAUAAUAAGAGUGUCGAAUCACUUAGUAGCAUCUGGUAAACAGUCAAUCUUUCUCUUCACGGGCAAUUUCUUGGAUGUCCUCUCUAUCCUUUCUGUUGGUGUUGGUGCAAGUGCUUCACAAUCCAGAAAUAUCUCUUCGUGUUCUUCCUAGAGCAAGAAGUCUGCCAUUUUAUCCGCUUCUUCAUUACAGGAGCUCACCGUUUAUCAAAACCCUAUUUCAUGAUGAUGGUAAAGAGUUAUUCUUUUGAUAAGGGCAUUAUAGUAUUUUCGAAACAAUUCUAGCACCGUUAAACGGAUCUGUAACGGAGAGGGUGCAAAAAUAAAAGUUUUUCAGGACAGGGUGCAAAGU